CAGAUUUGGAAGCUCUCUCAGCAAUGGAUCUGAACUUCUUCCAUACAGCCCGCGAGAACAUCAGUAUUAACCACAGCACGCUCUUCAGCGACAGCAGAAACCUCACGUUAUUACCGUUCUACCAGCAUUCCCUUCGCGUGUUCGCCUGCCCUCCGUCCAUUAUCCUGGCCUACGUGCUCAUCUUCUCGCUGUGCAUGCUGGGAAACAUCCUGGUGUGCUUCAUCGUGCUGAAAAACAGGCAGAUGCGAACCGUCACCAACAUCUUCAUACUCAACCUGGCCAUCAGCGACCUGCUGGUGGGCAUCUUAUGUCUUCCCAUAACGCUGGUGGACAAUCUGAUCACAGGCUGGCCGUUCGAUGUGGUCAUCUGUAAAAUGAGUGGACUCGUCCAGGGAGCUUCAGUCUCGGCGUCGGUCUUCACGCUGGUGGCCAUCGCAGUGGAAAGGUUUCGCUGCAUCGUCUAUCCGUUCCAGCGGAAGCUGACGCGGCGUCAGGCCAUCAUCACCAUCGCCUUCAUCUGGGCGCUGGCCGUGGGCAUCAUGUGUCCGUCCGCCGUCACGCUGACCGUCUCGCAGGACCUCCUGCACUUCACCGUGGACGGGGACAAUGAGACGCACCCGCUCUACACCUGCUGGGAGGCCUGGCCCGACCAGAGCAUGAGGAAGAUCUACACCACCGUGCUUUUCUCGCACAUCUACCUGGCUCCGGUCACGCUCAUCUUCAUCAUGUACUCGCGCAUCGCGGUCAGGCUGGUCAAGCCGCCCGUCUUCCGCCGCAAGCUGCGCGUGGUGAACAUGCUCCUGAUGGUGGCGCUGCUCUUCGCCGUCUCCUGGCUUCCGCUCUGGAUCCUCAUGAUGCUGACUGAUUACGGGAAUCUUACGGCCGCUCAGCUGGAUCUGGUGGCCGUCUAUGUCUUCCCGUUCGCUCACUGGCUGGCCUUCUUCAACAGCAGCGUCAAUCCUAUCGUUUAUGGCUACUUCAACGAGAACUUCCGGCGCGGAUUCCAGGAGGCGUUCAAGCUGGGUUUGUGUGUGGUGCAUGAGCCGCCGCAGCCCAGACGCAACGCAGCGUGGAAACACAACCGGGUGUUUGCGGACCGAGACGAGAAGAACACAAAGAGGGACGGCAGGAGAGAGUUCUGCAGCGGAGAGCAGAGAGACGAGCUGGUGCUGGAGGAUCUGGACUGAGACACUUACACACACAAACACACACGCAUGCACACACACACACACACACAUAUGAACGCACACACACCCAUGCACACACAUACACACACAUGUACACACACACACUCACUCACA